CCCAGCUGUCUGGACCAGUGUGCAGGCUGCCCAGGUACCGUUCAGCCACUCAGAGGACUCGAACCUGGUCUCAGAGUUCCUCCUGCCCUGCACAGGUCCAGGUUCACAUCAGCGUUGGACAGAAACUUGCAGCUGCUGUGAUUUCACCUUUGAGACUUGGAUCCCGCGGUGGCUGCUGGGAAGCAAAGCGCCUCACCUUUGGGUUAAAACGUCUUUAUCUCUGCUGAAAUGUCAGCCGUCAGUUCGGACCAGACCCAGACCGGAGAGCAAAACCGAACCGGGGUCGAGCUAGAGCAGCAGGACGCCGGGAUCCUGCAGCCGCAGACCGUGUUUGUCAUCCUGGACUCGGCUGAAACCCUCAACCUGGUCCGGGUGGAGUCUGGUAUCGUCGCUGACAUCGAGGUCGACAGUUUGCUGCCGUCUGACUGCGACACAUUCUACCAGAUCAAGAGUCAGCCGAUCGGCAUCAGUACAUCAGUAGCAGCUCCCUCCUCUUCGUCAUCUUCAUCCUCACUGCCGUCAACCAUGUCCUCCAGGGUUUUGAUGCGUCAGGAUCUGAUGCGUCAGCAGGCUCGGGAGGAGGAGCAGAAGGAGGCGCAGCAGCAGCUCCUUCGCUCGGCCGACUUGUCCUCCCCCAUCUCUGUCUCUUUGUCCUCCUCCUGCAGACCUCCUGCUCAGGUCCCUGUGGAGGUGCUGAAGGUGCAGACUCACCUGGAGAACCCGACCAGGUAUCACAUCCAGCAGGCUCAAAGGCAGCAGGUGCGUCAGUAUCUCUCCACUACGCAGACCGCCAUCACCACCAAGACAACCAAUGAGAAGCCAGCUGGACCGUCACCAGGCCACUCCCCCUACCUGGGCUCUGCCCCCAAACUACAGCCUGCAGACAACAGCAACAAAAUACAGCUGGAAGAGACAGUCAUUGAUGACAUCAUCAGCCUGGAAUCGAGUCUAAAUGACGAGUUGGUGACGCUGAUCGACUCUGGACUGCAGUUCGCCAACACGCCGGUCAGAGAUGCUGGGACAUGCAGAGGGUUAGACAAGCUGAAGGUCGUUUAUGAGCAGCAGAGAGAGAGCGAGCUGCCAGUGUCGGGGAACAUGCUGGACGUGUACGGUGGCAGCGGAGGGAUGGCCACGCCCACCAUCAACGUUAGCAACAGUUGCCCCGCUGACCUGCACGCCGUCAAGACGGAGCUGAGCGGUGGGUGUCUCUCAGACUUCUACACUCAUGUGGAGGCCAAAGCUCUGAUCAAAGACAGACAAAAGAAAGACAACCACAAUCUCAUUGAGAGGAGGAGAAGAUUCAACAUCAACGACCGGAUCAAAGAACUCGGAGACCUCAUCCCCAAAUCCACCGACCCGGAGACGAGGUGGAACAAAGGAACCAUCCUGAAGGCGUCGGUGGAUUAUAUUCGCAAACUGCAGAAAGAGCAACAGAGAGCCCGAGAGAUGGAGGAGAGACAGAGGAGGCUGGAGAACACCAACCACUCACUGCUGCUACGCAUACAGGAGUUGGAGCUGCAGGCUCGCCUCCACGCCUUCUCGUCCUCCUCCUCUUCACCCCUCCCCACCACCACCUCCUCCUCUUCCUCCCUGGACCCCCAGACUCUGCUCUCCCCCCAGCUGCCACACCUCUUCUCCUCCUCCUCCCCUUCCUCCUCACUGAUGACACCCUCCCUGGGUCUGGACGCCCUGAGCUUCGUGGAGCUGGAAGACCCACAGGGGGCCGCCACCGUCUUCUCCCCCGACCUGAUGUCCGACGUGGGGCUGACGGAGCUCCACGGCCUGGGAGACAUCCUGAUGGAGGAGGGGGGAGGCGGGGUGAUGUCCGACCCACUGCUGUCCUGCGGCGCCUCGAAGACCAGCAGCAGGAGGAGCAGCUUCAGCAUGGACGAGGACCUCUGAUGACAUCACCACACACACACACGGAUCCUAUUGGCCCAGAGCUGGAGGCAGGCCGCCGCCCAGCCGGGAGCGUUUUUACUUACUAAACUAUUUUUAAUCAGUGACAUCUUUAAAACGCACACAAAGGUGACGUCACAGAGAACAGCGAUAUCCUCGGUUGAGUUCGGCGCCGUCUCAUCUCAGUAAUCACGAGCACAGAAUCGCCAGACUGAGCAGAUCGGAAGCUGAUUGGCUGAUGAAGAACAAACAGCUGACUGAGCUCCAGGUGUCUGCAGGUGAUCAAUAACUCUGCAUCUGUUCAGCCAAAUGUUUGAACGCGACUCGCUCCUCAUCUGUUUUCAGUCAGCUGUUGUCGUUGUUAUUAUCCAAUCAGUGACUUUCAGCAGCUGUAUGCUCAACUGUGAUUGAUCCUCAUCCCCGGCCCCACCCUCUCGUCUACAUAUGGUCACUUCUGGCUCCAGAAAACCAAGAUGGCGACGGCCAAAAUGCCAAACUCGAGGCUUCAGAACGGUAGAAGCGGCUGCGUCCACACCUGUGACUCUGCCGGCCAACUAAACAUUUCAUUUAAGAGAUUUUACCGACAAAAAAUUAUGAAAAACCGCAAUGAAUGUGCAGAAAAAGCCUCGGCUGCUGAUCUGCUGUUCACACCUGUACAUAAAUCUGUAAUCGCUGUGCUGGAGAUGUUUUACUGGAAGAGAUCUGAUCAGGUUCUUUUAUUGUUUUCUGUUGGUUGUUUGAGCCUCAGAGGAAACGGAAGGGAAACGACCAAAUUUACAUUUGAUGCUUUGUUUGAUUGUGUGUCCUGUCAAACUCUAAUGCUGUGUCUCCCUUCGGAUAUUUCCAUGUGUGUGAGUUUUUGAGGUGGCGUACAUGAACACGGCUGUUGUGCACUUACUGGAAAUAACAAUGGCAACAUUUGACCACUUCUUCUUCUUAAAUAACCGGAUGGAUCAUCACCGCCAAAUUAACUAAUAAGCAAACUGAUGGCUUCUAUCCAACAACAUACUUAUGACUGCGCCACGGCUGCCAGAGCAAAUCGCUGCCAUUGUAUUCAGUGCUUGUGCUCACACCUUGAAGCACCGCAGCGUGUCCCAGAAGUGGCGCUCUGCUCCGCUGCGCAGAGAAUAGGCAGCCGGACAAGCAGCACAGAGCAGAUGAGCCGGGCAGGAAGUCAGACACAGAAACGAGAGAAGAGAAUCCGGUCGAUUUUCAAAAUAAAAUACCUUGUACAGACUCCUGAUCAACAAUAAACCCAGUUAAAACCAUGUUAGAAGCACAAAAAUCAAGGACAACUUACCAAAAUUCAAUCUAAACAAUUCAGUAAAAUCAGGCUGGCAAAACGCUCUUAUUCUGAAAUUCUCCAAGUGGGAAAUUUAGGCCUGCAGGGAACUGGGAGGAAACAGUUCACAGAGCGCUGUGAUCGGUUGUAGAACACACAGAAUGAAAAAGAAACAGCAAGUCAACAACAUGGGGCAGGCUGAAUGCUCCGCUUGUGAAACGCUUCCAGUGUGAGUUGACGCCGGGCUAAGGACGGGUCAAAACCGUGGCGCAGCUGUAACACUGCGCACACGCCGUCCGGGGUAACAUUUAUAUGGUGCGGUUUUAACCGGAGUGACCCCUGCAGCUUCCAUCCCCUUCUGCCAAGAAGUGAAGAUGGCGACUUUUGCGAGCGAGAAGCGUCCAGCGUUCCUCAGCUUUUAGACGGCCAGCAGGGGGCGACUCCACCGGCUGCAGGAAGAAGUGUGAUUGUAUAGAAGUCUGAGAAAAUUUUCUACUUCUCAGCUGAUUUAAUCCCUCAGUGCACACUUUCACACUUUCCUGGCCAGGAAGCAGGAGAGGCUUUAGGGCGGGGCUACAAGCUGAUUGACAAGUCGCUACUAUGGCGACCUGUCAAUGAGGAUAGAGGCGACUCGUAUCCACUGCUCUGUGUACAUUUAACCAGCGCAGCUGAAAAAGCUCAUCAGGAAUCGGCUUUAUUUUAUUUUAAGCCUGAUUAUUUGCCUAAAAAGCCCAAAAUUAGCAUCCCAGCUAAUAUAGCAGUUAACGAGAAUUACAGUUGCAACUUGCUAACCUAGCUAGCUAGUGUAGGGUGACCAGACGUCCCCGUUUUCUGGGGACAGUCCCCGAUUUUGGUGGCCUGUGAGCAGACAGGUGUCGUGGCGAAAAGCCGUCUGCGGUAGCGCGCGCAGCAUGUUAAAGCUGUAUCGCUGUAUCGACUCUUUACAGCUGCUUUUAUCUGGAUCAAACAGACAUAAUGUGCAAACAGUUGUGGCCAAAUGAGUGUUUGCAGUUUAAAGCGUAACCAGGCCUGACAUUUACGUUAUUAUAGCCAAUAAUAGAAGCCUGUUGGUGCCGACACAUUGUGUGUUUGGUAGACCUAUGACUAAUAUCCUUGUUUAUAUUUGGAAAACGAAAUGAAGCCAGUAACUAACAUGACUUACCGCUGAGUUAUAUAUAUAAAAUAAAGACAAGAUCUCUUUUGCAAUUAUCCUUAUGACUCAAAAUUAUUUAACUUGCUGUGUACCAACCAAUCCAGUCCUUUCUACAUGUUGAAAUAUGCAUCCCUAAUGCAGUAUUCCACUUGCCAGAAAGAGACUUAUUGACUCAAAAUGACUUGAUUUCAUUCAGAAGAGUUAUAUUAGACAGAUUAUAAAACUGAAAUUAUCCCCCUUUUUUAUUUCAUAGAUAAUAACAUUAUAUUUUUUAAUGACAUAUUGACGAUCAAACCAAAAAUAUCCCCAGUGUUCAUUUCAGAAAUCUGGUCACCUUAAGCUAGCGCCACACACUCGUCCAAAUAUGGUCAGGUCCAAACGGCGGCUACGUACGCUUCGGUUAUACCGUCUGUGGUGUGAACGCACUUCUGCACUAAAAUAGCAAAAGUAAGUAUGGAAGGGCGCGAAUUGAGACACAGCAUAACUGAACAGUUGUUAGCUGUUAGCUGUUAGCUGUCAUGUACAGGCCAUUCAGUCAGUUAGCUGUAGCUGAACUGAGUGAAUUCAGAGCUAACCGCUAGUUAGCCGGCUAGUUGCUCCUGUUAUCGCUCUGUUAACUUCAUGUAAUUGAGAUUUAAAUGACAUUUUAACAGCUGAAACAUCGUCGGGGCAAAAGGAGAUGAUGUCCGUGAUGUGAUACAGUGAUGGUUACUAUCAGCUGAACUACAGAUCCAACAUGGCCGCCGGCUCAGCUGUCAGUCCUCAGAUGAAAACUCCAUAAAGGGAUUUCUGUUUGUCUGUUAUUGAUUUUCUGACCUUCAUGUUUCUCACCAUGUUUACAGUUAGUUUAAAGUUUCUCUGCAGCAUUAAGUCUCAGUAUGAUUCAUGUUUGUUUUUAAAGAUAUUCUUUAUUUCAGAGUCAAACCUUUAUAUAGAAAUAAAGUCAUUUAAUAAAAACAGA